AUGGCUACUGAAAAUGAAAAUAAUGCAUUGGAGUUAUCCCGUGUAGCGGUUCGAGUUCCUCCGUUUUGGCGACAAAAUCCGCGGCUAUGGUUUAUACAAUUGGAGUCCCAGUUUGUUACAUCAGGAAUUUCUUCCGACGAAACGAAGUUCCAUACGCUAGUUGGGUCCAUGGAAAGCGGUAUUUUGAACCAUGUAAGCCAUAUUGUGGAAAAUCCUUCAGCGGUCAACAAAUACGAAGUCUUGAAGAAGGCAUUGCUUGAUGAAUUUAUGGAAUCUGAGGAAAAACGCCUUCGACAACUUUUGGAAAAUGUAUGUAUCGGUGACAAGAAACCUUCGGCAUUACUAAGGGAAAUGAUGGAAUUAUCCUGUGGAAAAAUGUCAAAAGAGUUAUUGAAAACAUUGUGGAUCCAGCGCCUUCCAUCAACAACAAGAGCCAUACUGUCGGUAAGCGAUGAUGGAGUAGACAAGUUAGCAAUCAUGGCAGAUAAAGUCCAUGACCAGUCUGAUGCUUCUGGUGUAGUCAAUGCUGUUUCAACUAAGGAUGAAGACCGUUUGAUGGUUUUGGAAAGGCAAGUAAGUGAACUUUUAUCGAAAAUUGAUGCCUUUUCGUUCAGAGGUGGUCAACACGAAAAAAGGAAUUCCACACAUCGUUCACGAAUGAACAACACGAAAAUACGAACUUAUGGAACAAGGGUUAUUAAUUGCAAUAUCGGUCUACGACGAAGAUUUCUCUGGUCAUUUAUUGUAGCUGAUAUAACACAGCCAAUAAUUGGAUCAGAUUUUUUGAAGCAUUUUGGACUCCUGGUGGAUAUGAAAAACAAUCAACUAAUCGAUUCAACAACAAAACUCAAAGUAUCUGGAUUUUGCUCACUUCAACCGACUUUAUCGUUGAAGGUAAUUCCUGAUGGGCCAGGAGAAUGUAAUUCAAUUGUUUCCGAUUUCAUUGAUGUUACUACGCCCAGUAUUAAGUUACCACCCGUUAGUCAUCCAGUUAUACAUCAUAUUGAUACAAAUGGACCAGUAAUUUCAGUGAAAGCACGACGACUAUCUCCAGAAAAGUUAAAAAAUGCGAAAGAUGAAUUCGACUAUAUGAUGCAACUUGAUAUAUGCAGACCAUCAAGAAGUCCUUGGGAGAGUCCUCUUCAUAUGGUUCCAAAAGGUGAUUGUAUGUGGCGUCCGUGCGGAGAUUAUCGUUACCUCAAUAAGAUAACCGUUCCCGAUCGUUAUCCGGUACCUCAUAUACACGACUUUGGUUAUAUGUUAGCUGGUAAGAAAGUAUUUUCAAAAAUCGAUUUGGUCAAAGCGUACUUUCAGAUUUCUGUAGCUGAAGAAGACAUUCCAAAGACGGCUAUAAUUACACCUUUUGGUUUGUUCGAGUUUACACGGAUGCCGUUUGGUCUCACGAACGCUGCUCAAACGUUCCAGCAUUUUAUAAACGAAGUUCUAAGGGGACUGGAUUUCGGUUUUGCUUAUAUUGAUGAUAUACUCGUAGCGUCUGAAAACGAAGCAGAGCACGAGAUACAUCUUCGGCAGAUUUUUUCUCGUUUGCAAUCACAUGGCGUAACUGUAAAUAGAGACAAAUGCGAAUUUGGCAAGGAUUCCCUUAUUUUCUUGGGAUACUGCGUAACUCAAAGUAGUCUAGUGCCAAGUCCAGAACGGGUAUUAGCCAUUCAACAAUACAAUUUGCCAAAAACUGUCAACGAGUUAAGUCGAUUCCUUGGAAUGCUCAAUUUUUAUCGUCGGUUUAUCCCGAAAGCAGCUCAAGCUCAGGCAAUAUUAAACUCCCUGAAGUCCGGCCAGAAGAAAAAUGAUAAAACACCAAUUGAGUGGACACCAGAAUUGCGUAAUUCAUUUGAAGAAUGUAAGAAUCAACUAGCGAACUCUGCACUUUUGGCUUAUCCCGUUGAGUCUGCCGAAACAUCUUUAUGGGUGGAUGCGUCCGAUAUCGGUAUGGGAGCUGUUCUUCAACAACUCAUUGAUGGUGAAUGGAAACCACUUGGAUUCUACUCAAAGAAGUUAUCAGAUACUCAGACUCGGUAUAGCGCUUAUGAUCGCGAGCUUUUGGCGGCGUACUCUGGAGUUAAAUAUUUUCAACAUUUUCUUGAGGGACGCCAAUUCUGUAUCUAUACCGAUCGUAAACCAUUAACAUUUGCUUUCAAUCAACGUCACGAUAAGGCAUCUCCACGCCAGCUUAGACACCUAGAUUUUAUUGGACAGCAUACAGUGGAUAUUCGCCAUGUACCUGCAAAAGAAAAUAUCACUGCAGAUGCUCUAUCACGACUUAAUGCAAUAUCUUUACCAUCUUCCCUGGAUUAUUCGGAACUUUCCAAAGAUCAAGAGAAUGAUGAAGAACUCAAACAACUACAAUCAAAUCCGCAAUCAUCAAAUUUGCUGCUGAAGUAUUUCCAAAUUUCUGACUCGAAAACGAAAGUUCUGUGUGAUGUGUCAACUCAUAAAAUAAGACCUUAUAUCACACCUCGUUUUCGAAAAUGCGUCUUCGAUAUGAUACACAACGUUUCUCAUGCGGGCUCAAAAGCCACAGUUAAGAUGAUAUCAACUAGGUUUGUAUGGCCAAACAUGAGGAAAGAUAUUUCCAUUUGGACGAAAACUUGUCUUAGAUGUCAACAAGCCAAGGUGGGACGUCAUAUAAAAAGUGCUAUUGGCCAAUUUCCAGUGCCGGAUGAUCGAUUUAAAGUGGUCAGCAUCGAUAUUGUUGGACCUCUUCCGCCAUCGGGAGGGUAUAGGUACUGUCUUACCUGUAUCGAUAGAUUUACACGUUGGCCGGAGGCUAUACCAUUGCAAGACAUAACAGCCGAAUCUGUGGCUAAAGCAUUUCUUAGUGGAUGGAUAGCAAGAUUUGGAGUGCCUUCUCAGGUGGUGACAGACCAAGGGCGACAGUUCGAGUCGGAACUGUUUCGAGAAUUUUCAAAGUUGCUUGGAAUUCGUGUUACUCAUACGACACCUUAUCACCCCCAGUCAAAUGGCCAAAUCGAACGUUGGCAUCGAACACUUAAGGCAUCUUUAAUGUGUCACGCAAACCCACGUUGGUCCAUGGUUUUGCCAAUAAUAAUGUUGGGAUUACGUUCAUCUAUCAAUCAUGAUUUAAGCGUAUCGCCUGCUGCGUCAGUAUAUGGUAUGGAGCUUACAUUACCAGGUGAAUUCUUCACUGAAUCGAAAUUUAGUAAAUUGCGUUCUGAUUGGGUUGCACAAUUUAAAGCUGAUAUGAACAACGUCAAAGCAAAGAAGGUUAACCGUCAUGGCGAUUCAAAUAUUUAUGAGCCAAAUGCAUUGAAAGAAGCAGAAUUUGUAUACAUCCGAAACGACGCUGUGCGAGCUUCAUUACAACCUCCAAACACAGGACCUUUUCCUGUUCUAUCUAGAGGAGCAAAAACAUUUGUAUUUGAUGUUAAUGGAAAACGGAAGACGAUAUCUGUUGAUCGCCUUAAGCCAGCCUUAAUCUUGAAAGACGAAAUGCCAACGAAAUCCAUAUCACCUCAACCAGUACCAAAUGAUUCUCAUUCACGAACUCUACGAUCAGGAAAGACUGGUUCUGAUGAGCAACAAGCGACCUUAGAAUUUCCCUCCGUUUCGAAAUUACCGAAGCCUAAUAACGAUGCUUGUUGCUAUUAUUUCGACAUUCAAAUUCAAAAUGUUGAUAACUGCUUGGAAAACAAUGCAACUCUAACAUCACAUAAAAAACAAACUCUUAAAAUCUAUCAAAUAAGUCAACCCUAA